UUAUUCAAAUAAAUAAAAAUACAGUUUUAGUAGUUUUAGUGAUGUGGUCAUGUUAACAUUGUACGCAUUAGUUGAUAACUGUCGUAGUUUUUAUUUCAAGAGAGGGACCACAAAUAUAUAUAUACAUGACAUAGUGUAGGGAGAAUAUUCCAAGUGAGUAGACAUCAAUUGGAGCAUUUGAUGGACCUAGAUGAAGAAGGAUAGUUUGACUAAACAGUGGGGCAUGCAUUUAUACAUGUUUAAUACGUCACAAGGCCAAGUAGAUUCGUAUCUCAUAAACCAUAUGUGUCAGAUAGAUGUGUAGUUUAUCAUACAACAUCUAAACUAAGAGAUAUACUUGAUUUAAAUUUAGUUUGCAUUAACCCUUUGACACAUACCUUCAUACAACACAAAUCAUUCAUGAAAGUAAUAAUUAUUAGAUUAAUUAAUUAAUUUAUAUUAUUAUAGAUUUUUAAUUCUGUGUGUGUCUGUGUGUCAUGUUGUUGAUUUAUCAAAAAUUCAAACACUUGAUAAUAACAAGUGAAUUUAAACAAAUAAAAAUUAACAAUUUGUUUAUAAUUAUUUUUAUAUAGAUGAUUUUUAAAAAUUAAAUAAUAAUAAAAAUGAAUCGUGAGAUUUUUCAUCAAAUAAUUAUUGGAAUUGUUUGCAAUUUAUUGAUUGUCGAUUGUGGCUUGAGUGAAGGAUGGCCAACUCCAACAAUGACAAAAUUUUCAGAUGGUAAUGAUCCAGUUAAAUUAUCAUCAAGUGAAGAAGCACUUGUUAUUAAUUUAAUGUAUGUUGGUGUUGGCAUGGGUGCACUAUCACCAAUAUUUUUAAUGGAUAAAAUUGGAAGAAAAUGGACAUUACUUGCAGCAGCAUUGCCAAAAAUAAUAAGUUGGAUUGUCAUUGGUUUGGCUAAAAAUUCACAUGCAUUAUAUGCUGGUAGAAUAACAGCUGGUAUUGGUUGUGGUAUUGCAUAUUCAGUAUUACCAAUGUACAUUGGUGAAGUUAGUACAAAACGUACACGUGGACCAUUGGGAACAUUGUUAUCUGUAUUAAUUAAUAUUGGGUUAUUAAUGAUUUAUACAAUUGGUCUUUAUGUCAAUCGUUUUCAAAUGGCAAUGAUGGCACUUGUCAUACCAGUAUUAUUUUUCAUGACAUUCAUAUGGCUGCCAGAAAGUUCAGUGUAUUUAACACGUAAAAAAAAUUAUAAAAGUGCUGAAAAAAGCUUAAAAUGGUCACUUGGAAAGGACAAUGUUGAUAUUGAACUUGAUGAAAUUAAAAAAAUUGUAUCAACUCAAGAAAAAGAUGAUGAUAAUUAUAAUAAUAAUAAUAAUAAUAAAGGUUUUAUAAAAUCAUUUAUAAAUGCAAUGAAAAUACCUGGUAAUAGACGUUCAUUUCGAAUUAUGUUUAUACUUUGUGGUACACUUGGUUUAACUGGCGCAGCACCAAUUCUAUCAUAUCAAUCAAAUAUAUUUAAACAAUCUGGUUUUGGUCUUGGUUCUGAUUUUAGUAUAAUAAUAACUGGUUGUACAAUUGUCAUUGCCGGUACAACUUGUGUAUCAAUUGUUAAAAUUAUUGGUAAACGUAAAUUAUUAUUAAUUGCAGCACCAAUCGCUGUGUUAUCAUUGGCAAUUGUUGCAACAUUUUUUACGCUAUUAGAGCAUGGUGUUAAUGUACAUAAUUUUAAUUGGAUACCAAUUGUAUUUGUUGUUAUUUAUGUAUUUGUUGUUGGUCUUGCAUUUAAUCCAAUACCAUUGGCAUAUCUUGGUGAAAUAUUUUCAUUUGAAGUUAAAGUACCAGCUGGUAUAUGUUCAUCUUUAUAUUAUGCUGUAUCAACAACAGUAACUGUAAAAAUGUAUCAGAUACUUGCUGAUAAUUAUGGUACAUUUUUUCCAUUUUGGAUAUUUACUGGAAUAACAUUUAUACUUUGGAUAUUAAUUUAUCUUUAUGUACCUGAAACAGAGGGUAAAAGUUUAGCUGAAAUACAAAUAAUGCUCAAUGACAUAUCAAUUAAUAAUGAAAAAUCAUCAAUGAAAUUUAAAUCAAUUAAAAAAAUUAUUCCAUUGCCAACAACAGUUUAUCCAACAAUAAAUUGAUUUAUUAUAUAUUUUAUAUUUUAUAAAUUACAAUUUUAUACUCGUUAUUUUAUAAAUAAUAAUAAUAAUAAUACCAAGUUGAAUUUAGAUGUAUGAUAUGAUAAAAAAUACACAAAUUGGUUAGUCAGCGUGAGAGAGCAAUAUACAAAUUCUUAAUAUCAAGACAAUCUGAUCAAGAUUGUCUUUGUAGUAAAGGGAAUAGAGCUUCAAGAUUAAAUUGUAUUUACCAAAUAUUCUCAUCUAAACUGAAAUCAUCAUCAGAAAUUCCAUUUAUUUAAUCUUGAUAUAUUAUUUAUAUUUUAAUAUUGCAAUCAUGCAUAAAAUUUAAAAUAAUAAUAAAUUUAUAAUCAUCUAAUUAAUUUGUGUUAAAAAAAAAAUAAUAAAAUUGUCAUUAUUAUUUAAUAUAAAUUUAAUAUAUUUAGGCUAAGUGUUGUUGAUAAUGGUUAAUCGAUUAAUUUGUUGAGUGUAUAUAAUUUAUAUAACAACCAACCAACAACUUGAAUAUACAUUUUGAACAAAGCCACUUGGAUUUACUGACAAAGACAGACAAGCUUUCACAGACACAUCAAGAUGUCAAGAGUAUCAUGCUUUAGUCUUGAGAUCAUCAUGAUGGAAGUUGCUUCCGUUGUUGAUAUCAAGAUUGAUAGGUCACUUGUAUCACUUGUACAUGCAACAAACAUCCACUUAUUUAUAUAUAUAUAUAUAUAUUCACAUCCAUUAUCUAAAUGAUAAUAAAUGUCUUGCAUUAUAUACAAUAUAUAUUGUGUCUACGCAAUAUUAAAUAAUAAAAUACUUUUAAUCAAGUUUUUAUAUACUAAAAUUAUCUCGUCACGUUGAAUGCAUUGAUUUUAUUAUUAUUAUUAUUAUUAUUAAAAGUAAAGUGAUCAAAGUGAAUGGAUCCAAUCAAGUGAAAUUACUCUUUGACCUUUUAUUUAAUUAAAAUUGGUUCUUCAAAAUAAUUCAAUCAUUAAAUGGUCUGGCUGAUUGACAGUAUUUUAUUUGAUAUAAUAUAGCAUCGAAUUUUUCAAGUACUCUCUAUUAAUUUUAGUUUAAAUUUUGCAUUGAUGAGAGAGUUGUUGCAGUAGUAUAUUGAUUUCUUUGAAUUAAAUUAUUGGAUUUUGUUUUUAUUUUUUUGAAAAGUUGGUCAAAUCGUAUCAACGCGUAUUUAAAUAAUGAGUGAUCAUAUACAUGUGCUGUUGUAUACUUGUAAUAAUAUAACAACAACAUCGUUGAGAUUUUUUUUAUUCUCUUACGGGUAUUUCUUGCACUCGAGACAGUUACAAGAGUAAUGUUAGUACACAACAAGGUAUAACUUGAAUGUGAAAAGAUAUUUGCAAGGGUCCAGGUUUAUGAGACUACUUGUAUAUGAUAAUGAGUGUUUGAAUAUGAUUUUAUUUUUUACAGUAACUUGUUGAAAUUCAAACAGCUCUUGAAUCUUUAUUGUUUAUAUUUUUUUUUAUGGCCAAGUUAAUUGAAAAUUACAGUCUAGAUAUUUUACUUUUAUUGAAUAUGUUAUAUGAGAUCGUGUAUAAUCUUUUGAGUGUUUUUAAAUAAUAAAUAAAUUUUAUAUUUCUAUUAAAAAUAAAUUUACAACAUCAACAAA